AGGGAGGCAGUGGCGUCGCGACGCUCUGGCUAUGUCUAUUGAUUUUCGUCAGAGCGUCACACGAAUUCACGAUGGCCAGAACAUUGUGCCGCCGAUCCGACGAACCAAACAAAAUUUAACCAAAACACAAACAAACAAACAAAAAACACGACCUGUAAUGUUGUGAUCGAGUGAUCUACAAGCGAUAGCACACUAACAACAAAAUCAAAACGAAAUAAAAAUAGUUUGCAGUUUUAAGUUGAUCCACCUUUUUUCCAUUGCAUCAAUCUGUGGCCGGAAGUGAACGCAAAUCGAAAUGGGUUCGAUCGUUCUGAAGUCGCUAUCUGUAUUGCUUGGGCUGUUCUUCAUCUUCGUAGGCUUCAUCAAGCUAUCUAGCUACGUGUCCAAGGAUCUGCACAAGGAUUUGCGGAAGGAGUACGUGAAGUAUGCGAAGGUGUUUCCAUUCUCUGAGAUGCUGGAUUUCAAGGUACCAAGCAAAUGGUACAGACGGACUGUUGGGACGCUGGAGAUUAUCUGCGGCCUCGCGAUGGCUUUUAUUCCAAAUCAUAAAGUGAGAAACUGCGCCAACGUAUGCCUUCUCUUAUUGACAUUGAUGGCAGUGUAUUCGCAUUAUAUGGUGGCGGAUAAACUGGAACGAACUGCCCCGGCCCUAGUAUUCCUCUUUAUGUUAUCAGGCCGAUUAGUGGUCUAUUGGCAAAUCAGUCGAAGGCAGACUGAACAAGUUGAAGCCGCCCAGGCGAACGGCGGCUUCAAGCAGGAAUAAUAGCAAUAAACAUGAAUUUCCUCGCACAUUCACAUUCUCACUCAUGAUUUACAGAAUAAAUAUAAAUCUUAUGUCCUCGUGUUUAUUGUGACGUAAAUUGUGCCCUCACUUUGAAAAAGACGAAGAAGAAAAAAACGAAGUUCAAAAAAUGAAGUAUCUAUAAACACGUGUUUGUUUUU